AUGGCAGCAAGCAAGCGGCAAAAUGAGGGUUCCGACUCUACAGCCUCCAAAAGGGCCAGACUGAACAAGGGUCACUCAAGAGCCACGGAUGCGCCUGCGCAAGGAGCUGAAGCCUUCGACCAGGCAAAGAACACUUCGGCGGCGGACUCAAUAAAAGGAACUUCGAAGAGAUCCGAGGGGAGGUAUGGAUCUACGACUCAGAAUGCGUCUGAAAAAUCAGAAACUUUUUUAAAUGGCCAGACCUCUCGCGAAGCCCACGCGAAGCAAAAGGCCCUCGCACAAGGCCGCAAGGCUGCCAAACCUCACGCCGACUCCAUCGCUCGGUCAAAGAAGAUAUGGGAGCGACUGCGUCGCAAAUCCCACGUUCCCAAGCAAGAACGGGACGAGUUAGUCACAGAACUCUUUCAGAUCAUAUCAGGGCGUGUCAAGGAUUUCGUGUUCAAACAUGAUUCUGUGCGGGUUAUCCAAUGUGCCUUGAAAUAUGCGACUCCGGACCAGAGAAAACAGAUUACAACAGAGUUGAAGGGAAGUUACAGAGAGCUGGCCGAGUCCAAAUAUGCCAAGUUCUUAAUAGCAAAGAUGGUCGUGGGUGACGAUGAAAGUCGGGAUGCUGUCGUCGAAGAAUUCUACGGCCACGUGAAAAGACUGAUCCGCCAUCCUGAAGCAAGUUGGAUCGUGGACGACAUCUACAGGACCAUUGCAACGAAGCAUCAAAAGGCCAUCAUGCUCAGAGAAUGGUACGGCCCGGAGUUUGUCAUCUUCGGCAAGUCACAGACGGGCAACACAUCGAGAGAUGAGCAAGUAACAGGUGUACUUUCCGACAUUCUUGCCGAGCACCCCGAAAAGAGAAACCCCAUCAUGUCUCAUCUGCACGAAAUGACGAACCAGCUUGUUCAAAAGAAGACCACAGGUUUUACGAUCCUUCAUGACGCCCUGCUCCAGUACUUUUUGAAUUGCAAACCCGGGAGUCCAGAAGUCACUGAAUUCUUCUCCAUGCUCCGCGAUGACGAGGAAGGAGACAUCUACAAGAACCUCGCUUUCACAAAGUCAGGGUCUCGAUUGCUGUGUCUUUGCCUAGCCCACGGGAACUCAAAGGAUCGAAGGGGCAUAUUGAAGUUUUUCAAGACGCACAUCAAACUCCUCGCGGGCGACCAGUAUGGUCACAGUGUGCUGUUGACGGCGUAUGAAGUUGUUGAUGAUACUGUGAUGACUUCAAAGACCAUCUUUCCGGAACUUCUGAGCAAAGACCUUGAAAUUGAAGCAAGGGAGCAGGAGUUGCUCGCACAGACGGAACACCUUACCGCGCGUAUUCCGCUGCUUUAUCUCAUGUCCCCUGAGGCACCAAAGUGGCUUCUAGGGAAUGAAACAGCUGCACUCAUCUCGGAGGUUCGUGAGAUCCGCAAAGAAACAUCCAAGAAGGAUCCAGAGACACGCCGCAUUGAAUUGGUGAAGAACAUUGCCCAGCCUCUCCUCGACCUCAUCACACACCAAGUGCGUCAUCUCGCACAGUCGACUUUUGGUUGUCAGUUCAUUACCGAGGUAGUGUUUGGUUGUGCUGGGGUUGGUGAUGUACAGGGCGCUUUAGGUGCGAUUGCCGAUUUGGCAACCGAGGCGCCUGAGGAGAAAGAACAGCAAGAAGAAACCGACAAGCUUCUUGCUAUGCCAGCAGUGGGCCGCAUGCUCAAGGCUCUCGUACAAGGUGGACGCUUCAACAAAACGACGAACUCGAUCCAACUGAUCGAUCCUCCUUUGAAAUUUGACGAGUUGUUAUUUCAAAAGAUCCGAUCGAAGGGCGGGGACGAGGAACUCGUGGCCUGGGCAAAUGGACCCAAUAGUUUCGUUAUUGUGGCCAUGUCAGAGGCUGAGAACUUUUCGAUGAAAGAAGAACUAAUGGGUGUGCUGAGAAGAAACAUGGGGAAGCUAGACGGACAGAACAGAGGUGCGGCAAUCAUUCUAGAGAAGAUCGGCAGCGGAGGUCGACAGAGUGGAGGCAAGGAAGACAAAAGCUUGGUGGAUGACGCGGAGGCCAAGCAUACGGGUGCCGACAAGGACAAGACGGAGAAGAAAAGGAUCCUCGCCCGUCUAUUUCUCCUCUACAUCCUCCUGUUCUACUUCCCCGUGAGGAAUUGUCCAUAUCUCCAUCGUCACAUCCUUAUCGUCCUGCCUGACAUCGGUCAAUCUCCUCCCGUCAACGGGGCAUGUGCGGACAUGCAAUCCCCCACUGACUACUCCAAUGGCCACCGCCCGCGCCUGCAAUACAUCGAUCUGGCUUUUGAUAACGAGUCUUUGGACGACUCGGCUCGCGACUUAGUCUACAGAAUACAGCCCAAAUGGAGGGACAGUCCAGGCAAACUUGAAAUUGUCAAAUUCACUGAUGGUAUCACCAAUACUCUGCUCAAGAUAUCGAACCGCAUUCCAGGGCUUUCUGAAGCUGAGAUCGACCGUGACUCUGUCCUCCUACGUGCCUAUGGCAACCACACCGAGAUCAUCAUCGACCGAGAUCGAGAGGCCCGAUCACAUGCUUUGUGCGCAGAACGGGGAUUGGCCCCUCCCCUAUUGGCAAGAUUCAAGAAUGGACUUCUAUACAGAUUCAUCAUUGGUCAAGUCUGUACUCCUCGAGACCUGAUCAGCGAACCUACAUGGCGCGCGGUUGCUAAGCGCUUAGGUGAGUGGCAUGCACGGCUGCCUAUUGCCGCCGUGGCAGAAGAGGAGAAGAAGGAGGCCUCAAGCGGCGCCAAUGGCCAUACUCCGAGUGGUAGUCUUGCUUCGAGGCGGCCUGUACCAAAUAUCUGGUCAGUAAUGCAGAAAUGGGUUACCGCUCUUCCCUGCGACACUCCAAAGAAAGAGGCACGCAAGGAACUGCUCCAGAAAGAACUAGAUCGAUCGUUCCAUGACCUGGACAAUGAGCGAGGUCCCGGCUCGUCAGGCUUCGUCUUUGGACAUUGCGACCUCUUAAGUGCAAACGUUAUCAUGCUGCCAACCGACUGUGCCAGUAGUAAGGCGGGUGACUCGAUGCAGGUCUCCUUUAUUGACUACGAAUAUGCCACGCCUUGUCCUGCAGCUUUCGAUAUCGCCAACCAUUUUGCCGAAUGGGGUGGCUAUGACUGUGAUUACAACAUGCUGCCAACCCGAUCCACACGCCGCCAAUUCCUCCAAGACUAUCUCAGGUCGUACAAAGCCCACAGCGACGUGCCGGUUGCUGACAACAUGCUGGAUGUUUUGUGCGAUGAAGUUGACCGAUAUCGGGGCAUGCCGGGCUUCUAUUGGGGAGUCUGGGCUCUGAUCCAGGCGACCAUUUCCGAGAUCGAUUUCGAUUAUGCUUCGUAUGCUGAGGUUCGGCUAGGUGAAUAUUAUGCCUGGAGGGCGGAAGAGAGUGGCAGCCGGGCACAACAAGGCAUUGAGAUGCCUCUUCGAGAAAGAAGGUGGGCAGAAGAAUGA